AUGGGUUUACAGAGUCAAAAGAGGCGCAAGCGGAGAAAUCGAAAAGUACAAGACUCGUGUGGUUGCUGUAGGAAGCUCACAACAAUUGCAAACGAAGAAAGAAUGGUGAUGCGCCAAUUAGACGUCAAGACGGCAUACCUUCACGGGAAACUAGAAGAGGAAGUCUAUAUGGAGCAGCCACCAGGUUUCUGUAGAAAGGAAGAACACGUAUGCAAGCUAAACAAAGCGAUAUAUGGCCUGAAGCAGUCUGGAAGGACGUGGUACAGAACACUCGAUGCUAUUCUACAAGAACAAGGAUACAGACGUCUAGAGACUGGCAGUGAACUGUCUCGUCACACCGAGAAGGCAGACAGGACACAGCCCAGCGCCGACGUCGCUGGAUUUGUAAAAAACAUCUCUUCGAGACAGCUCUCACCCCUCGAGACAAGUGUGCUGGCGAAAGGUCACGGCUUCAACCUUACAACGGCAGGACCACCUCUUGCAAAGAUGGUCGCAGCUGUCGAAGACGGUAUAAGACACCUGGAUUCCAGCAUUCAAGAACAAGUAAGAGUGAAAGCGAUUGGAAUUAUGUCAAAAAUCCAAAAACAGCAAUGUCACAACAUAACCAGGGAAGAGCAUAAAGCACUUCGAAGCCUCCAGGAAGACUCGAAGAUUGUCAUUCUGCCUGCUGACAAGGGAAACUCAACGGUCGUCCUAGACCGGCAGAACUACGAUGGCGAAAUCCGAGACCUCCUUGACAACAGUACGUAUGAAAAUUUCAAAAAAGACCCGACAUCGCAGAUUAAGCUUAAGCAGAUUAAGCAGACUAAGCUUAAUAGGAUACUUGCUGAUAUAUUCAAGAAAUACCCAGAUGCAAGAGCCCUCUACUUACGACUUAUCUGCAGGAACGGUAACGCGCCUGGUUUCUAUAGUCUCCCUAAGAUCCACAAGCCCGGUAUCCCCCUUCGCCCCAUUGUAGACUUCAGAUCGUCCCCUCUUCGGGCGUUAUCCUGCUACCUACACAGGGUUUUAUCCCCGCUCACCGGAAACACCCUAACUCAUGUACGAAACUCUGCCCACUUCGUGGAGCGCGUCUCACCACUCACCAUCAGCGCUGACGAGCGCCUCGUUUCGUUUGAAGUUGUGUCUCUCUUCACGAACGUGCCGGUCCCACUGGCAGUGGACGCUGCCAGGAUGGCACUUGAAAGGGACAAUGACCUGGCGACUAGAACCAACCUCAGCGUUCACGAAGUGUGCCGCCUCCUAGAUUUCUGCCUCAGCGGAACGUACUUCUCAUUCAACGGAGAGUACUACAAGCAGACUACCGGAACAACAAUGGGUGCGUCAAUAUCGGUAACCGCAGCGAACUUGGUGACGGAAUCAAUUGAAGAAAGGGACCUGCAAUCCCCCGAUAUUAAACCGAAAACAUUCUUACGGUACGUAGACGAUUGCUUCUGUAUUUUGAAGAAUUCCGAUGUUGACGAGUUUUUGGAACGCCUAAACCGCAUCGAGCCAUCCAUCCAGUUUACCGUGGAACUCGAGAGGGACAACGUUUUGCCUUUUCUCGAUGUAAUCGUAAAGAGAGAAGGAAUUGACCUAAAGUUCACCGUGUACAGGAAGCCCACUCAUACGGGACGAUAUUUAAGGUUUGAUUCCAAUCACCCUACGUGUCACAAGGCUUCGGUGGUUUCGUCCCUUCUUUCGAGAGCUAAGAAGAUUUGUUUGUCGGAGAAAGACAGGAAAAAAGAAGAAGCAGCAAUCACUUCCGAUUUAGAAAAGCACGGAUACACAAGUAGCUUUGUUCAGAGAGUCGCCCGUCGUCAAGCUCGCGGUCUCCGAAACCGACUGACGACCAGCCCUGUCAGACUAGACGAAUCAACAUGCCAUAUGUGA